AUGAACGAACCCAGUACCUCACUUGUCAGGCCCAUGUCCGCCAUCGACUUUAUGCAUCUUCCCGAAAUUGUCGAUGCCAUCGUUGAUUCCAUUGUGCCAGAGCUUGGUGGUAACCUUCAUGCCCAUAAUCUCCCUUUCCUUGUCGCAUGCACCCAAAUUUCGAAGUCGUUCGCCUACGCUGCACGGAAACGCAUUUUCUCCACCAUAAUCAUUGACCAGCAUCAUCAGUCGCUGAUUACUUCCGGUCUCACAAUCAGCACAGGCAAAUAUCUAAACAAUAUCAUGACCAGAUUAAUCCAUUUCAUGAACAAUGAAAAAUCAGAUUUGGUCGUACAUAUCCGCAAACUCGAGAUUAGGAUCGACUUCAAUUCCUUCCUUCUUUCAGAAAGUUCUCGUCUAAGCCUUCUUCUGGCCACCUUCCGCGAUAGGGCAUUCAACCUGAACGCCCUUUCCAUUGUUUCCAGGCCGGAUACUUGGUGGAAUCUCAUUCCUGUAGCGAUUGUGGAUCUCCUUAGGGAUAUGUGCCGGUCGUUGCCUAUUUCGCGCCUUCGAUUUGAGAACGUGAACAGCAUUCCAGCCACCGUCUUGUCUUCUCAACACACGCCUCGUUUACAAUGGUUCGAGCUAGGCACAUCGUCAUUCGCAUUUCAAUCCAUUCGACAGGUGACCAACUGGACCAACUUUAUUCCUGACACCGGAAAAUACAAGAUUGAUUUUAUUCAUGAGCGCGAGCUAAUCGUCACUGCUGUCGAUGCGGACUUCCACCGCUACGACACCAUGUCUUUCUCUCAAUUUAUAAACAAGGUAUCAGCGACGGUUGAGUCAAUUACUUGUUUUCUGCGGAAGGGAGAACUUGAGACAGGCUAUCUCAUUGACCUCGGGACUUUGCCUCGACUCCACCAAUUGACUAUCAAGCAAUUUCCAAACUCAAGUGACUUCGAACACUCUAUGGAGAAGAUUGGCGCAUGCCUACACCACGGAGACGAGAAAUCGUCGAUCAGGGAACUCGUAAUCCUUCUCUGGUUGGAAGAUUGUUAUAACUAUAACGGUGCCAACACUGUCUCCGCUGUCGACUUUUCGCUCCUUCAAAAGCUUCGCCUGGACUUUCUUUCCGAUAAACACCCUUCUUUGCAGAAAAUCGAGCUAUACAUCGUGGUGGAGGUACUAUUCUGUGACCAGGAACCCAUGUUACCUAGAGUCGAAGCGCUGGAGAAACACGUUCGGAAUGAAAUCUGCCAUUCUAUGACAUCUGACAUGUCGUAUCACGAUUUGGACCACUCUUUCCCCUUGCUACCCAAGGUUCAAGUCAGGAUACAUUUUUCUUGUGAAUAA